AAAAAGUAACUUAAUUAGUAAAACUAAAGAUAGUAUUAAAUACUUUAUGGCAACACUAAAUGAAAUUCUUGAGCUUAAAUAUUUACCAACUGGUUUUCAUAUAGCUCAUUUACCAUUAUUAGAUGCUUGUAAUAAAUGUACAAUUCCAAUUAGAUAUUCAACUAGUAAA